UGAAGUUCACUUGAACAAAAAGCCCUUCUUAAUUCAGCUAUUACAUCCUCAAGCAAUGUCAUCUUAUUGCCACCAUUCCCUUUUCCUCUUCUUGCUCAUCACUGUGUCAUCUAUAACGAACCAUGCAGAGGCGCGCCGUCUCCUAGAGUCUCCUGUGCCUGAGGUUCCAAAGCCCGAAAUCCCUUCUAUACCCAAGCCUGAGCUGCCAACUCUGCCAAAACCCGAGAUCCCAACAUUGCCAAAGCCCGAGGUUACAACAUUGCCAAAAUCAGAGGUACCUGUGUUGCCAAAGCCCGAACUUCCAACACUACCCAAGCCAGAGGUACCGACAUUGCCUAAGCCAACACUCGAAAAAGCUGAAACGCCAAAGCCUACUCUUCCUGAAAUACCAAAGCCUCAAAUGCCAGAAUUGCCAAAACCAACAGUGCCAGAGCUACCAAAGCUCCCAGAAUUAUCAAAACCAGAGGUACCAACUGUCCCUAAGCCUGAGGUUCCAACAGUGCCAAAACCUGAGGUCCCGACUUUGCCUAAGCCUGAGGUUCCAACAGUGCCAAAACCUGAGGUCCCUACUUUGCCUAAACCUGAGGUUCCAACAGUGCCAAAACCUGAGGUCCCUACUUUGCCUAAGCCUGAGGUUCCAACAGUGCCAAAACCUGAGGUCCCGACUUUGCCUAAGCCUGAGGUUCCAACAAAGCCAAAACCUGAGGUCCCGACUUUGCCUAAGCCUGAGGUUCCAACACAACCAAAACCUGAGAUCCCGACUUUGCCUAAGCCCGAGCUUCCAACAGUGCCAAAACCAGAGGUACCGGCAUUGCCUAAGCCAACACCAGAAAAGACUGAGUCUCCAAAACCUACUCUACCUGAAAUACCAAAGCCUCAAAUGCCAGAAUUGCCAAAACCUACGAUGCCAGAGUUACCAAAGCUCCAAGAAUUGCCAAAACCUGAAGUUCCGACUAUCCCUAAGCCAGAGGUUCCAACAUUGCCAAAACCUGAGGUCCCGACUUUGCCUAAGCCCGAAGUUCCAACAUUGCCAAAACCUGAGGUCCCGACUUUGCCUAAGCCAGAAAUGCCAAAGUUGCCUGAACUUCCAAUGAUUCCAGAACUGCCUAAACCAACUUUGCCAUAAGGACCCAAAUCCCGUUGACAUAGGAGCAUAUCAUCAAGAACCAAGUUUCGGAGAUCGACCUUACUGUGGAGGAUAUAAUAUUCUAGAAUGAUGGACUUAUAUAGUCGUUACUGUGUUCUUUUCUUAUCGUUUUCCAAAUUUUCUUCGUAUUAUAUGUAAGCUUGUUUGUAUGUUCUGAGAGUUUACAGUUUUUAAUUCUCUGUUGAUGACUUGAUGUCAUUUAUAUAUAUUCAUGAUUGAUUGAGGUUUUCGGUUAUGAUUGAUAGAAAUCCAUGGGUUCCAUCCUAAAACCAAUUGGUGAUAGGAGGAGGGGCCCAUGAGACUUAUAUACUAGUUUCAGU